AUGCUUCUCAUCUCGGUACUUGCAUUUCAAAGCCUAUAUUUUUUCACUCUUUCUGUCAAAGUUGAUCUUGUCAGCACGACCCAGUCACUCCUAUCAGCUACGUUCAGCUCAACCACACAGUCAUUUCCAACUGAAACGAGCCUCCCCUUUGCUUUGAAUGUUACGACAGAAAAAAAAGAGAAUUCAUUGAUUUCAUCAUCGACAGUGAAUUCGAUUGAAACUGGCGAGACACACUCAAUUGAAAACAUUGCAAGAAAAGCCGUCGAAACAACAAGUCUCUCGUUGAUUUCAACAACAAAAAAUGGCGCAAAUAAACCGAUGUUCAAAGAUAAACUUCUUCGCCCAUUUGGCUUUGUGAUCAAACCUGAGCGAAAAGUGUGCACAGACACAACGAGAGUCUUUAUUGCGAUUCAUUCAGCCGCUUCAAAUUUCGGUCGACGUCAAGUGAUCCGAGAGACUUAUGCUCAAAGGAAAUUACAAGAACGGUACGAAUUCUCAUUUCUUUUCACAUUGGGUCUUCAAGAAUCGGAUCUCUUUCAAAAAUGGAUUGGAAAUUUCCAAGAACACUAUCACAAUAUGACAAUUAAGAAACUAAUCUGGAUGCGUUACGCGAUGGGAAACUGUCAGAAAACGAAAUGGAUUGUCCAUUUGGAUGAUGAUGCACUUCUUGAUAUACACUCACUCAUCGAUUUCUUUGAAAACAAAAAAGUCUUUGAUUCGAAUACUUUAUAUUGCAUGGCGAUCUCGUAUAAUCAAACGCUCGUCGUCAGAAAUCCGUAUAGCAAAUGGUUCGUUUCCGAAGAUGCCUAUCCUCUUGAUUUCUAUCCAAAGUAUUGUGCUGGAGCGGCUUACAUUCUUCCCCAAAAAGCACUGUAUUUGAUGGAUGAGGCGAUUAAAGGAAUGGAAUAUAUUACGGUGGAUGACGCUUUUAUCACUGGAAUUGUUCGUGAGGCGGUGGGAAUCAAUAUUCGACAACUUCUUCCAAAUGGAAUCGUUCGGCAUGAGCUCGAUCCGUUGAUUCACAAAUUUCAAACGGGAAGGGCGGUGAUGGCUGAGUGUCCGAAUGAACAUUGUAUGAGACAUUUAUGGGAAAUAAUCGAUUCCCUUCACAGACUUACCCACAAACCAAACGUCAACAUCUCAAUCACGACAAUUCCCGAUUAUCACCCAAUGGAAGUCGAGAUUUUGGUUCGUUACGGUGAGACGAUUCAUUUUGAUGGUGGAAUCGAUGUGCAAAGUCUUUAUGAGCUCAAUUCAACGCGAGAGAUCACUCUUCCGCAAUAUGUUCGCUAUCCUCGAAAGCUCAUCUUCAUUUCACUCACUUUACCAAUUUCGCUCAUGAUUCUUCUCUUUCUUUGUAAAAUCUAUGUCUUUCUUGCGAAUUUCUUUGAGGAAUACUACAAAAAACGAGUGUUUACCGAA